ACCACUUCCGGCUAGAGCGGAAGUUAUAGGUGCCGAGUAGGCAUGUGUUAUUGUGUCCGUGUGGGAGCAACAUCGCAUCCAAAAUGGACACCGCAAAUGUUGGACAUUUGAUGAGCUUAGCAGCUCUCCAGAGACAAGACCCCUGCAUUAACAUGUUGCUUGACGUUACCGGACAGGUGGCCCUCUACAACUUCAACUCCAAAGUCAACGAAUGGGAGAAGACAGAAAUCGAGGGAACCCUGUUUGUUUAUACAAGGUCUGCUUCUCCAUACCAUGGCUUCACAAUCAUGAACCGACUGAGCACAAAAAACCUGGUUGAGCCAAUCAACAAAGACCUUGAGUUCCAGUUGCAGGACCCUUUCCUUCUCUACAGGAAUGGCAACAUGGGGAUCUACAGUAUUUGGUUCUAUGACAAGCGGGACUGCCAGCGCAUUUCUCAGCUUAUGGUCAAAAUUGUGAAACUAGAAGCUGAACAUGCCCAAAACCAAUCUCCAGAGAAGGCAGAGUCCAGACGGCCCAAUGGAGUGCCUGACACACGGCCAAGGGACAUUCUGGAGUUGCUUAGCAAAGCAAAGGAGGAAUACCAAAAGGCUCAGUCAGGAGAUGCACCAGAGCUGAAUGCAACUGGAGCUUUAAAUCCUCACAUCCACAGCUCUCAACUGCAUGAUAAGAAAGCUCAUACAAUGGUGAAGCAGAUAACAGUGGAAGAACUUUUCGGCUCAUCCAUUCCAAAGGACCCAUCUCUACCUGCAAUGCCGACCCAAAAUCUCACCACUGCUUCAGUAGACCCUUCAGUUACAUACCGUCAAAACCAAACAUAUCCCCCUUCACACUACCAAAACGCUCACCGUCCUAACCACCUGACUGGCCAUGCUCCCCGAAAACACGCCCAGCUACCUAACCCUUAUGCGUUACACCCGAGCCCCGUUUUCCAGCCGGCAGUACCGGGGGCUAAAUCGGCAGGGUCCCAACCUCAAAGUGGACCUGCAUUUCCCCCGUCUGCUCCCCGGGCUUAUUUGGAGCAGGAAAUAAUAGGCUCACUAAAACCAGCAGUCCAGUCGCUGAAUGCGGAUAUCCACAAACCCACCCUUGCGCCCAAUUUCCUGCCGAGCUCUCUGGUACCACCCCACAACUUCCAAGAACGCUUGAGUAAACAAAUACUACAGCUGUCCCAAGAAAUUGAUGUUCUCGCCAAAGCUCCAAACCUGAUUAAACCAAUAACAGCUGUGCCUAUGAGUCCUGGCCUUGCUAUGUCUGGGUCGGAUUCCGCCGUGCUUCUCUCUCCCAGCGCCUUCCAGCAACAAUCCAUCAAUAAGAAUGCAACAGCAGUAGUCCCCCCACCUCCCUCUGAACUCCCUACCACUUAUUUGGGGUCUGUGGAGCCCCCACAACCUUCCUGCAACAAAGCCCAGCUCCAGAAAACUCUCAUACACCUUAUUAAGAAUGACCCGGCUUUCCUGGGGGCCAUUCAUGAUGCGUACCUACGGAGUGUAUCCAAGGAUUUCAGUAACCUGAAGCUAUAAUUUUCCAAUUCACACAAUUCAUUUUAAGCGGAGAGGAGGUUUUUACGUGGCAUUGGGCAUGCACUGAGGAACCUUCUGAGACAAUGGGAACACUGAUGACUGACUUUUCCUCCUCUUUUUUUUUUUGUCUUAAACAAAAACAUUUACUCAAGGUGUUGCCAACCUUGCACUGACUACUUCAUGAGACCCUUGACUCUCGGUUUUGGACUUUGGAAGCUUUUUUUGUGACUUGAUAGUACUAUUGGAAGAUACUAAAUAUUUUCGUUAUUUCACAGGAAAUUCAGUAUUUUGUCAACAUGAGACAAAUUUGUCUUGCGAAUCUCUUUAAAAGAGUGUUUUUUAUUGGUUUCUCUUCUUUUCUGUCUCCAGCAAUCAUAUUCAGUCCUUUCGGGUUUAAUGUGAAGGCACUUGUAAUAUGACCAAACUUUUUUUUUUUUUUUAAUUCAGUUUCGAAAGCUGCUCACCAGAAGGCACACUUAACACAUUUUUCUCAUCUUUUUCUUCGCUUCGUCUAUUUUUCUUUACAUUAAAAAGUAUUUUUAAGUGCCAAGGUAGCAAGCAUUAAACGACCCAAAUGUUUACAUUGACUUGUAGUUGAGCAAGUCCCAUUUUUCCAGUGAAUUCAGUGUUUUACUUUUGAACCAGUUGUUAGUUUUAUCUCUGUUAUUCCAACUAAUCUUAAUAUUGUGGCACAAGAUAACAAAGUAGCAUUUGUCACAUCAUCACUAGGCAGCACAUCAAGUCUGAGGUCUUUUGGAAAGAAAAUACAAUUACAUAUUUAAAGAAACCCAAGGGUUUAAAACAAAACCAUAUUAGAAAAUUUGUCAUGCUACAGCAGACAGAAUACAAAUGUGAAUACCCAAAGUGCUGCACCGAUAUUAAACAUUCACUUAAAAUUGAAAUUGGUCACCAUUAGAUAUAAUUGACUGGUUUUAUUAUCACAUGGUACUUAAAGAACAUACAAUAUACAUUACUUACAUAUUAAUGUGGAAGAAACUUAGAUGCAAACAUUGUGCCUGACAAUGGCAUUUUGAAAAGGUGUUUAUGAGCAGCAGCGUUCUGUGGGGUAAUGGGACUUUGCAACCAGUGGUUUAAUAUGACUUGGGUUUUAAAGUCACAAAGUUGGAUUUCUGUGCACGUGUGAGUCAGGUACAAAUUGAUGUCAUUCUGUUUUGCCAGCCUAUGUCCCAACAGAUCUCUGUUCCUGCUAGAAAAAAAGUACAUUUAAAGGUGUUUUUUUAUAUUCUAAGGUUAUUUUAAUAGUUGAUCUUAUAAUUUUGGGGGAAAUAUUUGCUUUUGUGACUGGAGUGGGCAUGUGUAAUUUUGUUUAUGCUGAGCAUUUUUGUUAUUAAACAGAUAUGAACAUCCUUAUG